CAAACUUUAACUAUGAGCGGAAGAGGCAAAACCGGAGGAAAGGCCCGCGCUAAGGCCAAGUCCCGCUCCUCCAGGGCCGGACUGCAGUUCCCUGUUGGCCGUGUGCACAGGCUGCUCCGCAAAGGAAACUACGCAGAGCGCGUUGGCGCAGGAGCUCCCGUGUACCUGGCCGCCGUGCUGGAGUACCUGACCGCUGAGAUCCUGGAGCUGGCGGGAAACGCGGCCCGUGACAACAAAAAGACCCGUAUCAUCCCCCGCCACCUGCAGCUGGCCGUGCGCAACGACGAGGAGCUCAACAAACUGCUGGGAGGAGUGACCAUCGCUCAGGGAGGCGUGCUGCCCAACAUCCAGGCUGUGCUGCUGCCCAAGAAGACCGAGAAGGCCAAGUAAAGCCUCUCCAAGA